AUGUAGCCAGAGUACUUAAAGACUUUAUAAUAUUGUUAACAAAAGUACUAGACAAUCCUACCUAAUCAGGAUGUAAAGUUUGUAUAUUUCUUUAUUAAACUAGACUCUUGUGCAAAGUCAUCAAAUUAUCUAAAUUUUCGCAUAAUAUGAAAUCUUAGUGCAGUUGUUGAUUUAAAAUGCCUUGUUUUGUAAAUCUGAAGCGUUAAGAUAGAAAACAAUAUAGAUGUUAGAAUAAUUAGAAAAGCAAGAUCACGCAUAGUUAUACAGUAUUGAUUUGUCUCAGUUUAAUGACAAUCCUCUAACAAUAGAAGUCUCACCUUUAUAAAGUUCUUUUUAAUUGCCCCUAUUAAAGUAGUUUAAAACAAUCUUGGAAAACAUUAACAAAAACUUUGACGAUAAAAUACUUAUCCUAAAGAAAUAUAUUCCUCUUAUUUAAAUUAGCUAUUUGCCUUAGUAAUAUCAAAUCAGCAAGGUUAGAUGUAAAUUUACACCAGUUGAUGAAGACUUGCUAUUUCAGGGUUUAUAAAAACAUGGAAGUAAAAAAUUGGAGGCAAUUUAAAAGGAAUUUUUGUGGGAAAAAACACUGAAACAAAUAAAGAACAAAUACAAAAAUUCAAUAUGUAGUAAUGCUCAAAUGAAUAAAAUCAAAACAUGGAAACUAAGUUAAUAUGAAUAUCUGAAUCAAAAGGAACUAUAACAAUUUAUCAAAGGAAUUUAAUGGUUUGGAAAAGAUAAAUGUCAACUAAUUCAUAAAUUCUUUGUCACAUCAAGAAGUUCGGAUUUUUUAAAUAAGUAAUAAAAUCAUGCUAAUAUUUAGCGAAUUAAAUAAGGCUGAUUAAUUAUUAAAAAAAAGAAAAAAGCACAACAUACCAGAAUCAUAUCCAAGCCAUUAUGAAUAAUUAUGGAAUGCAGAAAGAAAGAAAAUAUAAUUAAAAGUAUGUUUUUUUAUAAUUAAGUAAAUUUAAAAAGAGGAAUUUCCUACUUAUGAUAAAUUCUUUAAUUUGUCAUAUGAGUAUUCAAAUAGCUUCUGUAAAUCCAAUUUUGAAUUCAGUAGAUUAGGAGGUUACAAUACUUAAUUUUCUAUCUAAUUGCAAUAAGCAAACUAAAUGUAAUAAUAGUAAUAAUAAUAAUAACAAUAAUAAUAGUAAUAAUAACAGUAAUAGUAAUAAUCGUAAUAAUAGCAAUAAUAAUAAUAAUAGUAAUAAUAAUAGAAAGUGUAAACACCGUAUGAAGUUUGGAAAAAUGCAAUUAGUUCUUUGCCUGAAUUAAAAGGAUGA